AUGCAUUUCACCACCAUCUUGGCCACCAUGGCCGUCACAGUGGCUGCCGCCAAGGACACACGUACCUUUGCGACUCUUCAGCACAAGGGUCGGGGACCAUUGACGACAUGCAGAGCCGAUCCCAUCGUCUCACCAGGAGGCCCUUCUGCCCACGUCCACGCCGUCAUGGGUGCCAGCAACUUUGGCUUCAACGUUACCGGAGAGUCUCUGCGCCAGUCCAAGUGCACCACAGCCAAGCCAAAGGCUGACAUGAGCUCAUACUGGGUUCCUUCACUCUACUUCAAGGACCCCGAGACCGGACUCUUGGAGCCCGUCGAGUUCUUUUACAUGGUCAACUAUUACUUCUUCGACGCCACCGACGACGAUAUCAAGGCUUUCCCUCUCGGUCUCCAGAUUGUCAGCGGAAACCCCACUCUGAGGUCAAAGCCCAGCCAUGUCUCUAAUGGCGCUCUUCAGCUGGAUCCCUCCAAGCCCAUCCAGGCCGCUCAGAUCACUUGCCCUCGCCGCAACUUCGACCCCCCUAGCUGGCCUGACAACUCGGACGGCUCCAGGGCUGGUCUUGGUGACCCGAUCGACAAGGGUGCUGGUUAUGGCUUCCCCUUCCAGAACUGCGACGCCUAUGCCUCUCCCAUGCGCGUGGAUGUCCACUUCCCCUCUUGCUACAACCCCGCCGCCGGCCUCACCAACUACAAGAAUAACAUGGCUUUCCCUACCCCUGUCGGCCACAAGCUCAACUGUCCCAAGGGCUGGAUCCACGUCCCUCACAUGUUCUUUGAGACCUACUGGAACACCCCCAAGUUAUUGCCUCGCUACCAGCACUUGCUUGGCAAGGAGAGCCCUUUCGUCUUCUCCAACGGUGAUGCCACCGGUUUCUCGGCUCACGGUGAUUUCAUCUCCGGCUGGGACGAGGAGGAGCUUCAGCACAUCAUCGACACCUGCGACGCUGGCCAUGCCGGUCUUCACAACUGCCCCGGCCUCAAGCAUGGUGCCAACCCUGACAGCGAGAGCUGCAACAUUGAGUGCCCCAUCCAGGAGAAGAUUGCCGGCACCCUUGACAAGCUUCCCGGCAACAACCUCAUCGCUGGUUGGAAAUAUGGCGGCGGCAACGUCUCGCCCGCUCCCGCUCCUGCUGUUCCCGAGCCCGAGCCUGUCGUCGAGAAGCCCGAACUGGAGACUCCCAAGUCCAGCAGCGCCCCUGCUAUCAAAGUAGAGCCAUCAACUUCUGCUGCCCCCGCUCCGGCCCCGUCGUCGAGCUCUGCUGCUGCGCCGCCCCCACCUUCCACCACCCUUGUCACCGUUCCCGCUCCCGCCCCCACCAAGGUUGAGGAACCCCCUGUCGUUGAGAAGCCCGAGCCUACCAGCGAGGCUGUCCUUCCUCCUGCGGCUUCUCCCAAGGUCAGGAUUGUCUACGACACCGUCACCGUCUGGCAGACCAGGACCGUCUACGAGGCCCCUGCCGGCCCCACCCAGUCUGCCAAGUCUGGUACUGAGAUCUCGGGCUUCAAGGCCGCCGGCUGCUACAAGGACCAGUCUGACCGUGUCAUCUCUGGCAAGAUUCUUCCCAACAUUGGCCAGGUGAGCAACACCGCCUGCGUCGAAUACUGCUCUUCUAAGGGCUUCUCUGUUGCCGGCACCGAGUACGGCGGCGAGUGCUACUGCGGCAACAGCCUCAACACUGUCGAGAAGCUUGACGACUCCAAGUGCAACAUGACCUGCAAGGGUGAUGUCAGCCAGAAGUGCGGUGGUGACUGGGCCUUGACCGUCUUCACCAAGGGCGGCGCUGCCCCUGCCAAGGCUGAGAAGCGCCAUGUGCGCAACCACAACCACCUUGCACACCACGCCCGCAUUCCCUCUCGUCAUCUCCACCGGAGGUAG